GUUUGAUAAUACUUGUUAUUGUUACCGUCUUUGUACAUUACUUUUACCUUCUCUCCAAGUUAUUUUCAGGCAUGGCAUGGAUAAAUAGCAAAAAGACAAGAAAAUUGGGUGGUCAUUUUGUCGCUGUGAUCAGCCAUGAUUCAGAAUCAUCAUUUUUCACAUGCCAUUCAUUCCCGUCCACAUUAAUGGAUUCGCUCAGUUUCUCCUCACUCUCUUUCAUUUCUUCUUCACCUUUCCCUUCCCUCCUUUCAACAUGAGCAAAGCUGGAGAUGCAAAACCAAAAACCCUCUUGACACAUUUGAUUGCUGGUGGUUCAGCUGGUCUGGUCGAAGCGUGUACUUGCCACCCACUGGACACCAUCAAAGUCAGAAUGCAACUGUCUAAGAGUGGAUCAAGAACCAAAGGGGGUAAACGUUUGGGCUUCUUUGGAGUGGGUGCCAGAAUUGUAAAGAAUGAGUCGGUAUGGGCGUUGUACAAAGGAUUGGGAGCUGUGGUAUCUGGCAUUGUCCCAAAAAUGGCCAUUCGCUUCAGUUCCUUUGAAUUUUACAAAUCAGUGCUUGCUGACAAGGAAACGCAAAAGGUCACGACCAAAGCUACAUUCCUUGCUGGCUUAGGCGCAGGAGUCACUGAAGCCGUCAUGGUGGUCACUCCUAUGGAUGUCGUUAAGAUUCGACUUCAAGCACAACGACACUCCAUGGCAGACCCUUUGGAUAUUCCCAAAUAUCGCAACGCCGGUCACGCAGCUUACACAAUUAUCAAGGAAGAGGGUGUGAGCGCGCUGUAUAAAGGAGUCAGCUUGACUGCACUUCGGCAAGCCACCAAUCAGGCCGUUAACUUCACCGCGUAUCAAGAAAUGAAGAAGGCUGCUGCUGUAUACCAAAAGCUAGAUGAACUACCAUCUUAUCAGCAUUUGGUUCUAGGAGGUGUUUCUGGAGCGAUGGGUCCCCUGUCUAAUGCACCCAUAGACACCAUUAAAACUCGUAUUCAAAAGUCCAACGAGCCAGGUUCUGGUUGGCAUAGGUUCAAGACCGUCACCACCGAGAUAUAUACCAAGGAAGGUUACAUGGCUUUUUACAAGGGUCUAACCCCUCGACUUCUGCGAGUGGCUCCAGGACAAGCCGUCACGUUCAUGGUAUAUGAAAAGGUCCGCAGUUGGUUAGAUCGGUUCAAUGAAAAGAUUGAAAACGGGGAUGGACCAGUGCAAGCUGUUAUGAAGAUUGUAGAAGAUGAGAAUUAAACUUUGAUAUGAAUGUAUUUAACCUGCGUGCGAGCGCGAAUGUAUAAGUAUAGGAUGUGUAAUUUGGAAGUAGCUAGCCGCACACAGGGUCUCAAAUAAAGAACCGCGAAGCAAAACGUUCG